AUGAUCUUCAUGUGCGGAGAAACACUUUUCGACCUGGAUUCUCUUUUCUUGGGAUUGGUCCCUUCCACCACGUCGACGCCCGAUCUCAGAUAUCGAGGACAUAUGUCAGCGGCAUGGUCUUCGUCACAGAUCAUGGAGUAUAGGACACGGCAACGACUCGGAAACAACCAUGUCAACGUGAAUUUGCUGCAUUUGCUUGAUGAGUUUCGACCAUCGUUCGCAACUCAUUCUAAGGACCAUGUAUACAGUGUGCUAGGAAUGGUGCAAGGCGAUGAACUCACGGUACUGUGCAACGCAGGUUAUAGUAUUGAGUACGGCCGCGAGACAACGUGCGUUGAAACUAUCAUAAGAACAGCGACUGCUAUAUGUAUGGUUUUACGGAACCUGGAUAUUCUGUCUGUGACUUAUCUAGUGGACCAGUUGAAAACUGCUGCUACCAUAGGAAAUUUCCCUUCAUGGGCCCCUGUCUGGUCAAGCAGGCUAGUAGAUAUGCCUGAGGGUCCUGAAGAAUCAUGCUCUCUCCUCGAUGAGCACAUGGCCGCGCUAAACUUAUGCCGGCGCGCGUACAACUUCGCUCAGUCGAAGAACAAAGAUAACGAGAGUGCAGAUGCCUCGAAACUCCGGCAGUCGUUGAUAGAGGUGUUUGGACCAGGUCGAAAGCUGGUCUGGACACAAUGCGGGUUGCUUGCACUGGUACCUACCAAAACUCAAAUUGGAGACAAGAUUAUGCUCUACAAAGGCAGCAAAUUGCCCUUUGAUCGUGAUAAGGCCCGCUAA